GCAGUCUGUCCCUACGCUCAUCUCAGCCGUCUCGAGCUGCCCUUCCUGGGCUCAGUUUCCUAAUCCGGAAAGCAGAGCCCCAUUAGCUCCAGAGUUCUCUGUGCUGUUCCCCGGUGGUCAGGAAUGACUCUGCAGUUUGCCAGUGUAGGCCAGGCCAAAACAGUUUUCUUUGCUGCUCUUAAAAAAUAGGUUAAGUGUUUUCCGUGGCACAUGUAUUUCCUUAGAGUCAUGUGAAGAUGCUGUGCGAUAUUCUUGAAGCUUUAUGGAGCACUAAGCUGUGUUUUGAGCCUCAUUCUAUAGCUGACAAGUUAUGAAAGAGAUGAGGCAUAGUCGGGGAACUGAGUGACUGUCCCCCAACAAGGAAUUUGAAAAUUAUGUAUUCUCCUAACUCUGGACCCCCGCUGGUUCUUUUGUCUUCACCAGUGAGCAAGAAAUUCAAGCAAGCUGAAGAGGGAAUGAGAGGUGGGGUGACUUCACACUGAUGUCACAGUGUUGAGACUCAGCAGUCACUUAGCAACUGUUGGAGGCCUGACCCCUGUGCUGGGCUGACUGUGGCUGGCACGGUAGAGAUGGUGCCGAUCUGUCGUUAAGAGACAUUUGGGCCCCCGCCUGUAAAUAACUGGCUGGCACAUCUGCCCACCUCCAAGGUUGCAGAGGGAAGGAAGGGCAAGUGAGAUCAUGGCGGGAGAGUGUCUCGAUGGCUAUUUCGAAACAAGUCAAGCAAAUUCAUGGGCCAGCAGUGCCCCUGCCAAUCAUUUAUGUAUCUGUUGAUAAUUAGUAGCAUUUGUCCGAGCUCAAGGUAGUGGCUGCCUGUCUGCGGAGGGAACAUGCUGGCGAUUGUAUAGGAACCCUGUGAGUGAAGAAGCCCAUCUCUUUCCGGACAUGUACAAAGAGAUCGGCUCUCAUAUAUCUCAGGGUAGUCUUGAACUCCUGGUUCUCCUGUCUCCAGCUCCCAAAUUCUGGGAUGACAGGAAUUUUGAUGGAUGAUGCCACCCUGAAGUUCUACGAUGUCAUCCCUGGAGCAGUUAUUUCAUUAUGUAUCUGGCAUUAUGAUGGUUGGACAGAACUGGUUUUGGCAGCUGUGGAAGGGGACCCCAAUAAGCUGUCGUGUCUUGGCAUCAGCGAGGACACCUUCUACCGAACGGCGAACUCACAGCACUUUAAGGGUGAGCAGUGGAGGCAGUGGACCGCCCAGAGGGCGUUUGUGGCCUUGUACAUCUCCGCACACAGAGGCCAUGUGGAGGCCAUGCAGUAUCUCCUACAACUUGGAGCGAACUGCCUGGGCAGAUCACCCCUGGGCAGGACGCCCCUGCAUGUGGUUGCAGCCAUGGGCAGGAUGGACUGCAUCAGGCCCUUACUGGAACGUGGUGCCUCCAUUCACGACAGAGACGCCAAGGGGGAAACACCCAUCACCAUUGCCCGCCGCCUGAAUCGCAGAAACUUCGAACGCAAGAUGUUCCUCCUCUACUGGGUGAUCAAGUCUGGGACCAAGGACCCCGCCAACUUGGUCAUAAGGGAGGCUCCGGAGAAAGCCAGCUCUGGGGCUGUGUUAAAGAGCUCAAUGUAGCUCUCCCGAGUGCCUUUGCCCCUCACCCUGCUCCGAGGCAACCUUGCAGCUCCCACAGUGGCCCCCAUGGCACUCAUUAGGCAACAAAAGAAGGAACAGAUCUAAAUCAGA